GACCCUCGACCUCGCGAAAUGUGGGCGUGCCGUUGUUGCAUGCUGUAGUGAUCUUGUUUACAGAUCCCACGGCCCACAAGCCGUUUUCAGAUAUUUAUUUCGAAUCGAAAUAUAAUAGAGUAAGUUAUUCAAUCCAUCGCCAUGAGUCAAAAUGGAAAUGGCAGUCACCAUGCUCUUGAAUCAGUUGAAAUACCGGCCAAGAGACAACGAAGAAACGUGAGGGUGUGGUGUGAUGGAUGCUAUGAUAUGGUUCACUUUGGUCAUGCAAACUCUCUUCGCCAGGCCAAGUUGAUGGGGGAUUAUCUCAUUGUUGGUGUCCAUUCAGAUGCUGACAUCAUCAAGCACAAGGGCCCGCCUGUGAUGAAUGAACAGGAGCGUUACAAGAUGGUGCGUGCUAUCAAAUGGGUGGAUGAAGUAGUAGAGGGCGCCCCCUAUGUCACCCACCUGGAGACUUUGGACGAGCAUGAGUGUGACUUCUGUGUUCAUGGAGAUGAUAUCACCCUUGAUUCUGAUGGUCAAGACUGUUAUAGGAUUGUCAAAGAAGCCAAACGUUUCAAAGAAUGCAAGAGGACUGCUGGAGUCUCAACAACAAACAUUGUCGGCAGAAUGCUUUUGAUGACGAAGACACAUCACAUGGGUGGUGAACUGAAAGAAGAAUCAGAUGGAAAUGUCAGUCCUAGAUCUAAAACACUUCAGGCAUCAAAUUCAGUGGAAUCUUUCAACAAGAUGAACUUAAAGAAUGGAUUGUGUUCAACAAUGAGUAGCCCAUACACUGGAAUAUCACAGUUCCUACAGACUUCUAACAAGAUCAUACAGUUUGCGGAAGGAAGGGAACCCUCACCUGGUGACCGUAUCGUCUACUGCCCUGGGGCUUUUGAUCUCUUCCAUGUUGGUCACAUAGAUUUUCUGGAGCAAGCUAGCAAACUAGGAAACUACAUCAUUGUUGGUCUGCAUGGCGACCAGGAGGUCAACCGUUACCAUGGCAGCAACUAUCCCAUCAUGAACUUGCACGAAAGGACGCUCAGUGUGCUAGCAUGCCGGUAUGUUGAUGAGGUCGUGAUCGGCGCCCCCUACAGAGUGACGUCUGAGCUGUUAGAUCAUUUUGACGUGGAUGUUGUCGUUCAGGGCAAAACAGAAAUUCAUCCGGGGGCAGAUGGUUCGGACCCAUAUGAGGAACCCAAGAAGAGAGGUAUCUUCCAGCUAGUUGAUUCUGGGAAUAACAUGUCUGCUUCUAAGAUUGUAGAGAGGAUCAUUUCAAACAGGAUCAGGUUUCAAAAGAGGAAUAAGGACAAGGAAGAAAAAGAAAUGAGAAACAUCCGUCUGAUCGAAGAGAAGAGACGAGCAUCAUCGAGGAGCUCUACCGAAGAACAAACCCCUCUCGUGCCUGGUGAACAUUAGAACUAUGCAAUGCGAUUUGUUUUGCAGAAGUGGGAACAAUUCAGUGUAACCUAUAUUGGAACAGUGCUUUGGAAAAUGUACCUGUGAUAGGCUCCCGCCUUGGAGGUGAAAUAGAUUUGCAUGCAUCCAGACCUUUAUGCUAAACCUUCAGUCACAACAGGGGCUAGUUUCACAUACGACUUAAAUUAUGGUAACCACCGCGGUAACAUGACUCAGCAGCCAAUCAAAAUCAAGGUUUCCAUGGUAGUUGUCACAAUGGCGAAAUUCUGCUCAGGAAUGAUGAGAAUAUGAAGUGGACAUAUUGAAUGGUAUUUGAAGCGUGCUUCAAUUACACUUCAGUAGGAUUCGUGAUUGAUUGUAUAUUGUUCUCCGAUCAAUUGCCUAGCUUUUUGCUACAGAGAGUCGAAGUCCCUGUUUCAUGAAGCUGAGCGAUGAUUGUGGGGCUGAUAUUUACAAUUGAUCAUACACAAGCAAUGCAAUCAAUCAUAGAAAUAAGCCCCUCGAUCCAUCGCCAAGCUUUAUUGUCACAGAGUCCAGAGUAGCAUACUGCAUUAUUUCUCUUCUCAUUCCCAUAGAAAGAAACAUCUUCCUCACAUGUUUUAAAGGUCCACAUGCAUUCAAAUGCUGCAUUGUUAUGUGUACCGCACAUGUGGCAUAUUUUCAGUUUGUCCGUUAAUGUUAUAUUCUGACAGUAUUCAGUUCUUGAAAAUUUGAUCAUAAGAAUAAGAAAAAAAGAUUAUAUUUGUUUAGGGGUAUGAGAGACUGAGAAUUCAACUAUCUAGCUGAUUUCAGUUAUAUUUGUUUUUGUAUUUUCGGUAUUCAGUGUUUUUUUUUUUUUUUUGGGGGGGGGCUAAAUAUCUAAUGAUUUAGUAUAGAAAAGCAGAAACCAAAGCCAAGACCCCCUCUAACCCCUCCCCAUUGUAAAUGCUUUUAUAGGUUUGAUAUUGGUGUAUGCUAUGUUUAUGAAAUUAUUUCCAAGGCCUUUUCCUCUCCAAGUGUAUCGUGUACAUAUAAAGAUAAAAUUUAAAUAUAUAUGUAAAAUCAAAACUUACUAGGUGGUAUCUCAGCCAUGGUUCAGUAAUCACAAGGCUAACAUAGACCACACUUUUAUGGAGUGCCAUUUUUUGACUUAUUCACAAAGUAAAGAUUUUUUAAAUCCUGCACUGGAAAUUUGAAUUGAGAAGAAUAUGAUGAAUUUACAAUGAAUUUUAUGGAAUAUGUAGGGAGUAAUAUGUAACCCAGCCCUCUAUAGAAGUAUGGUCUAAAAUUCUUGUGUAGUCUGUGGCUAAAAAUAGUUUUUUUUUCAUCACAAUACCACCCAAUGAGUUUUUUUCAUUCUGUUGUAUGUACUACCAUAUAUUGGUACUCAGUCAUUUUGCUUUGUAGAUAGUAUUACAAACAGGUUGUAUUUUUACCUCUGUAUGAUGAACAAAGUAUAUGUAUUCAAGAAAAAAUAAGUUGCUCAAAAAGUACUUUUUUAGUUUGAAAUUCGGUAAAUGUAUUUAUGACUUGGCACAAAAAUGUGAAUUAAUUUGAAUAUAUUACUGCAUCUGUUAUAGAUGCAACACCGAAUUACAUACAUUCCUGCAACUUGUGUAUGACUUGCCCAUACAAAAUGGUGCAAUGAAUACAAAUAUGAUGAUGGCAAUAUGCAAGAAAAAUUAUAUUAUAUUCCAGAAUUCUUCGUAUUUGGGUUUCAUAUAUCAAUUGAGGUAAAUUGUAAAUAACCAGUGAAACUAUCAAAAGUAGCUUUUAUUGGUCAAACUUUUCAAAGAAUGCAUAAAUUAACAUUUUCAAACAAAAGUAAUAUUUUAUACUAUAUAAAUAGUUUGCUUGCAGGUAUCAUUUUUUUUCAGAAUUUUUUCCAAAAAGUCCUUAAGGCCAUAAUUAUUCAAUUGAGCCGCAAAUUCUAUACUUUGCAAUGGGAAGAUAUUUUUUCGGAAUAUCUUUUCAGAUGUAUAUAUUCAUGAGAUACUUAUGUAAAUAUAUGAACAUAAUUAUAAUAGAUGAAUGCAAUAUUUGCAUAAUUGCUCACCAUGUGAGGAUAAAAACCUUUUUAGCAACCACCUGUUCAUAAAGAUCACCUGUCU